CUCUCACUAUUGUUCUCUCUUUUUUCGCUCUCACUCUAAUCGAUGGGAGAAAAAUCAAAAAACAACCUUUUAUUUUCCUGCUCCAUUAUUCUCCUCCUCCUUUCUCUCUCCGCCGCUGUUACCUCCCCUUUCCAGCUCCAAACGCUACUUCCCCGCUCUCUUCCUUCAACGCCCACUCUCUCAUGGCAAGAUUCCGACCCCGAAUCCGACUCCCUUGUCGAAACCUCCGAGCUCGAAUCUAUUAAUUCCAACACGACAUUGGAAGUGCAGUUAGAAUUGCACCACUUGGACGCUUUGUCUUCGGAUGAGACUCCGGAGCGACUCUUCGACCUCCGACUCCAACGCGACGCGCUCCGUGCCGAAACAAUCUACUCCUUCGUUUCGAAAGCAGUUGCUCGUAACCCUCCACGCGCUCCCGGAAGACGUUCUGAGUUCAGUAGUUCUAUUAUUUCCGGACUCGCUCAAGGUAGUGGAGAGUACUUCACGCGCCUUGGUGUCGGUACUCCUCCUAGGUAUCUUUAUAUGGUACUCGACACUGGUAGCGACGUCGUUUGGGUCCAAUGUUCACCUUGCAAGAAAUGCUACUCUCAAACCGACCCCAUUUUUGACCCUACUAAAUCACGAUCUUUCUCCGGUAUUCCCUGUGGAUCCCCACUUUGCCGUAGCUUAGAUUCAUCGGGAUGUAAUCAACGCCGGAUGUGUCUUUACCAAGUAUCCUACGGCGACGGUUCUGUUACUUUCGGCGAUUUCUCGACUGAAACGCUGACGUUUAGAAAAACCAGAGUUGGAAGCGUGGCGCUUGGUUGUGGUCACGACAACGAGGGCUUGUUCGUUGGUGCAGCAGGCUUGCUAGGCCUUGGUCGGGGGAGAUUAUCAUUUCCUUCCCAAACGGGCCGCCGCUUCAACAUGAAGUUCUCUUACUGUUUAGUCGACCGGUCCGCUUCUUCUAAACCCUCCUCCAUGGUCUUCGGUGACGCCGCCAUUCCCCGAACCGCCUUGUUCACUCCUUUGUUAACAAACCCGAAGCUUGACACUUUCUACUACGUCGAACUGCUUGGGAUCAGUGUCGGUGGGACACGAGUCCCCAGGAUCACACCUUCUUUGUUCAAAAUGGAUCAAGAAGGUAACGGAGGGGUCAUUAUCGACUCAGGCACGUCAGUCACCCGCUUGACCCGACCCGCUUACAUUGCAAUGAGGGAUGCUUUCCGUCUAGGGGCUUCGAAUCUGGAGCGAGCGCCUGAUUUCUCAUUGUUCGACACAUGUUUCGACUUGUCAGGAAAGACUUCGGUUAAGGUACCGACAGUGGUUCUGCAUUUUAGAGGAGCUGAUGUGUCAUUGCCAGCGACGAACUAUUUGAUUCCGGUUGAUAGCGGCGGGACUUUUUGCUUUGCUUUCGCGGGUACCAUGAGUGGUUUGUCCAUAAUUGGAAAUAUCCAGCAACAAAGUUUCCGGGUUGCUUAUGAUUUAGCAGGUUCUCGGAUCGGGUUUGCCCCCAGUGGAUGCAAUUAAAACUGGUGGUGGUUUUUUAUUUUCUUUUUCUCUUUUUGGAUGGUAAGAAAGGAAGAACAAGAAAAUUUUUUCUUGGAUUUGAAUGUAAGAAGAAAGGAGAUGAUAAAAUGGCGGAUAGCUGGUUAGGAGUAGAGAAUCAAUGUCGGUUUGGCGGUUUUUCACGUUUUGUCUGUUGUAUUUUUAAAAUAUGAUGAUCCAUCUACUCAACAAAAUUGUUACUCUAAUAUAGGGUAAUAUUUUAUUACCUGUUUAAUUAUAAGUUGAAUUUAACUGCAAUUUGUUGAAUAUCAAUAGCAUAGCCAAAAUUAUUCAGUUUCUCGUUGUUGGGAUUGGAUUAUUUACAACUGCAUUUUUUGUCUCUUUUUGGAUUUAGUUGGUUGAAUAGUUGUGGUAAUGCAACGAUGAUUCAUUAAGAAAGGUAUUGAAAUUUUUGUGAUGAGCAUUGAAUCAUGGGAAUGUCAUAUCUUUGUCAAGGCUUCUUUUGUUGCUUUGGAGCUCUAGCUAAAGAGAACUUGCCCCGUUCAGAUGGAAGAUGAGGGUGCUGUGUUACUUCUAUUCCCUCUUCUGAAAUUUUCAUCAAGCUGAUAUUCUAGUGUUCUUCGAAUUGGUGCAUCAUCAUAUCUUGAAUUUUGGCACCUGGUUGUCAAACCAUAAUCUAGUGGUGCAUACAGACCAUUGUAUCUUCUUUUCACAGGGCAUUGAAGAAGUGGCUUGGCACAUGUCAAUGGAGUGGAUGUGACAAUAUUUGCUAUACAAGCCCAGUGAAAAAUUUUCCAGUUUUCUUGUACUCAAUUUCAAUCUUAGAUUCUACACAUAUGCACGCAAAGGGUAGGCCCAUGUAGAGUUUUUUUUAUCUGAAUGUCAUUGCCAGUGCCAUGUAAUCUGUUGAAGUGUCUGUACCAGCCUCAAAGACGUAAUCCUUAUUGAAGUGUCUGUUGCACUGAAAUGAAGCCAUCGACAUGAGCAAACCUCGCAUAACUUGUCUUAGUACACUAAUAUUCUUUUAAGUUCGUGCAAGAAUGUUCCUUUUCUUCCUAGCCCCCUCUCAUGAUUAAGGCUUUGCUGUUAUUAUUACUUGUUAUUGGAUCUAAUCCUAUUUAAUUGUUCCCUAUUUUUGACUGCAGAAAAAGGAAGUGCAUAGAAGUUGUUCAAGUCUAUUUUGUGCAUCAAUAAUUGUAUUAGUCAGUUAGUACAAUCUUACAUCUGAUGUGUCUCAUAAUGUUCGAGAAUGAGUUUCUUCUAACUUUGAUUUGGAUGAUAAAUUCGACAAAAUCCAUUUGCCAGUUUUAUGUUCACAUUGUAACAUGAAGCACUGUUAUUCAAUUGCAAUGGUAAAUUUUGGGAGGUAGAGUAUUUCUAGAUUAUGAUUCUAUAUGGAAGCAUCGAUCUUCUUUUCUUUGUUGAUAUUGCAGUUUGUAUGUUGUUCUUCUUUCCUCCUUUUUGCAGGUUAGCUGCAAGGAAGUAGACUUCAGAGUCCUAUCCUAUUGUACUGGUGUUAUAUAUUUCUUUUUGGUACAUAGGAUGGAAACAGGCCAUGGGAGAAUGGGAGGCGGUUUUGGUUAUAUUAUUCCCUAGCCACUGGGCCAAGAAGGUGAAGAUGUAGUGUUGCUAUAUUUACUUUAUAAAGAAGCUCUGCGUUUUCUCAGGCCAAUUCAUAAGAGCGGGGCUUAGACAUAGAGAUUAUAUUUUCUCUUGAAUCAAGCUGUUAUUCCAGGUUGGUGACAAUGACAUCAGAUUUC